AUAAAUUUUUAUUUUGAAUUUUACUUUUCGAAAUUUUUUUAUUUUUAUUUUGGUUUUCAAAUUUUUUUUUUGAAAAUUAUGUUUGAAACUAUUUAAUUUUUUUUUUUUAAUUAUUAAGUUUUCAUUUAUAUAUUUGUUAGAAUUCUAAAUUUAAUAUUCCAAAAACCCAACCUCACCCCUCAACUCUAAACUCUAAGUCUAGAUUAGUUAACCAUAUGAAUAUAAGAGUCUUCUACCUUCAUUAAAAGUGAGAGUAAAUGUAGACAUGAAAAGUUGUACUAUGAAUGUGAUAUUUGUGGUAAUUUCCCAUAUAUCUAUGUCAAUAUCACUAAAGUUUAGUAAUUUAUAUCAAGUAAAUAAAUAAUUUUUUUUAUUUAUUUGCAAAAUGUAUUGGUUUUGAUUUAUGUGUUUACUCUAAUGUAUAUACUUUUAUGUAUACAAUUGUUUUUAAAAUAGGUGGUUUCUAAUAUGGUAUUUGAUCCUGACAAUUCCACUAAUACAUUUCUUCAAAUCGAAGUAUUUUUAAUAUUGGAAGCAUCAUAUAUAUUAUUUUAUUCAGAUUAAAUAAUUUAGUCUUGAUUUUACCUAAAACACUUUUAAUGAAAUAUCAUGACACAAUUUCAAUCUAUCUGUUUUUGAGUUUGUUCAGAAAAUGGUAGAUUUGAUCAUUCGUCUAAUGUUAGUUUCUCUCUAAUAUCUUGUCAAGCUAUUAUAAUUGUAGGAAUGAGAGAUUUGAAUUAUUUAUUAUAAGUUUUAUGGUUUAUCAUUUAAUAAAUCAAACAGUUCUUAGUUUAUACAUAGUUUACAUAUAAUAAAAUGGUAAAGCAUUAUUUUUUUAUCGGUAUACUCUUAAGUAACUAAACCUCAAAACCGUAGGUUUAAUUCAAUAAAUAAUUUGUUUUGUUGUUCUAGAAUUAAUGAUUUUGGACCGAACUGGUAAAUAUAUACUAGACAGACAUAUAUAUCGAGUCUGCACUUAUAUUCUAUAACAACUUGAUAUAUUAGUUUUGAACAUUAACCUGUGAAUAGAGUUUGCCAGUAAUUGUUUUUCAAAAAAAUGAUUCUUAGAUAUGUAACUGGAGUGAAACUAAUUUUUACAGAUGUCAAUCUUUUUAAAUUGACACUUAUAUAAUUCACCGAAUUCACAGAAGAAGUUAAACAAGAAACACCACUUAUAUCAGUAAACAAAAAAAAGAAGUGAAAACACUUAUAGAGAGUCAAUAGUAAACAAAUCGAGAGCAGAAUACCAAAUCCCUUUUCGUCAUUUUACAAUUGAUGUUACCUAUCUGGUUUUGGUGAUUUGUGUCAGUCGCAAAACCAUUCUGACCACAUGCUCCACACUAUGCUUUCUUUUUGUUCAUAUGAAAUCUUAAAAAUAAUUAAAAUGAUUUGUAAUACGUUAAUUCUUCAUUAACGAUGAUACAUUAAUGGACCAACAUUUGUAUUCGUCAUAUUACAAUCGAUAAAUAUUGUAGUGUUGCAAAAUGUUAAAACUAUUUAAUGAACAACCAUUAGUAUUAAAAACUCACUCUGCGCAUCCACGAGGAUUAUCAUGUAAUCUUAUUAUAUGAAACUCAAUUUUUCACAAUUGCUAAUUAACAUUGUCGCGACAUGUGUUAAUAAAAAAUUUAAGAUGGUAACAAAUGUUAAAAACUACAUAAGUUUUUUUUAUUAUAAUUAUUUUAAAAUAUUAUUUCACACUACAUUAUCUCUUUAAAAAAAAAUCAUAACCAAACCAAAAGAGAAUUGUUGAAAAAUAUUCGAUAGUAAUUUUAUUUUUAGAAUAAUUUGAUGAUAAACAUGAUACUCUAAAUUAUUUAAAUAAAUUAUAAAAUACAAAUAACAUUAACAAAAAUGAAUAGUAAAAUAGUAAUUUUUGAAAAGUAUUUAAUAAUAACUGGAAAUAACUAUUGAUAGUAAGUAAGUUUAUUUUUCUGAAACCCAAACAAAAAAUAAUCGUAAAACAUUAUGUGCUAUUAAUUUUAUUUUUCUAAAAUCCUAAACAAAAUAUAAUGGUUAAAAUCUAAUUCAAAGUAAGAGUUAAUUAGCUCAAUAGAGAAAUAUCCUUUUUGAAUCUUAACUUUCCUUUAUUAAAUCCUAAAAAGGAGAAUUAUAAAAUAAAAAUGGUAAUCAAAAAUCCUAAUCAAAAGAAAUAUCCAAUCUAACAAAUAUUUUAUAAUAUAUAUAUAUAUAUUAUAGUAAUUUUUUAUUUUUGAAGUACUAACAAAAAGAGGGUUGUAAACUAUUGAUAAUAGUUUUAAUUUUUAAAAUAAUUUGAGGAUGAACAUGAUAUUAAAAGUUAUUUAGUUAACAAAAAAAAAGAAAUUUUCCUUUUCUAGUAAGAAUUUGACAAUUAACCUGAUAUUAAAAAUUAUUUAUUCAACAAAAAUGAAUUGUAAAAUUAGUAGCGGCAUUAAAACGGAUAGUAAAAGCAUCUUUUAAAAAUUAUUUAAUUGUAAUUGGAAAUUAUUUUGAAUAGUUAUUAUAUUUUUAUAAAAUACUAAAAACAUAGUUGUAAAUAUUAUUUUAUAGUAAUUUUUAUUUUCUAAACUUUUAAACAAACACAGUUGUAAAAAUAUAUUUGAAAGUAAUUUUUGUUUUUUUAAUCUAAACUUUAAUUUUCUAAAAUCCUAAAUAAAAGAGAAUUAUAAAGUAAACAAGUAACUAAAAAAAACUUAGAUAAAAUGAUUUUUGAUGAACUUAAAUAAAACGAUUCAAAAAUCCCAAAAAUCCUCUUUAGAUCACUAAAUUUAAAUUUACAAAAUUUUAAACAGUUAUGGAAUCUAUUCUAUUAAAACAACAACAUGACUUAUUGAUAUAUGUGUGAUCCAACUAUUUUAAUGCAAUUAUCAAAACCUGUUAUUAAUCAUUUAGGAUAAAUAUUAUACAAAAAAGUACAAAUAUAACUAAAAGCACACAAAUAUAAAAAAAAAAAUUCUCAAAAAAUGUAAAACAAAAAAUAUACCGCCCUUUUAAGGGCGCGUCAGAAUCUAGUAAAUAUUAAUACAUAAUUAAAACAUAUAUUUUUAAAAAUAUUAGGAAUACAAAAAAUAAAAUAUAAACAAAAGAAAACAAUAAAAUUUAGUAAAAUUCAUAACAUUACCCAAAAUACACAAUAUAGCAAAAAUACAUAAAUUUCAAGGAUAUAUAGAAUUGUUUUGAGAGAGAAUUAUAGAAAAAAAUUUGAGAGAGAAUUUUCCUUUUCUAUAUAAAGAAUAUGUAGAAAAAACUAACACAAACGAAAAAUAAGGUAACAUUCGCAAUAUUUAUUUUCUAGAUUUAUCAAACCAAAUUAAGCAAAAGAUAAAAAUAAGUAAUGAAUCAAAUAUUUUUCCCUUUUAAUAAAUAAACUUUGAGGCAAAACCACACAAACAAUUAAUAGAUAAAAAAAAUUCAAAAGGUUAGAUAAACAAAAUAUAGAGAGAUAUAAAAGGAAAACAAUAAACAUAGAAAUAAAAAUGUAAAAUUGGUUUUUGUAAUAGAAAUAAGAGAUCGUAGAUCAUUGUGUCUAUAUAAAUAAUAUAGGGUUUUUAGAAUUAUAUCAUGAACUUGAAAAAAAAAUAUUGAACACUAAUCAAAUAUUAAUGUUAAAAGUAUAUAGUUGAACACUCUGAACAUGAACACAAAAUAGAAUAAUCUGUUAAAAGACACAUAAGAGCAUGAAUAAAAUUAGAUGACUUGGAAUAAAAAGAACAUCGUAAGAUAUUUAAGUCAAUUUUUUUAUUUAUAAAAAGAACAUAUCCACAAUUAAACAAUCCAAACUAUCACAUUAAGAAAUUUAGUUAACCGCAACUACAAUGAAGUUGAAUUAAAAUAAAAUGCAUUCCAUAAACGACACUCGGUUGGAACAUUAAAACAUGAACACACCAGAGAAAACUGGAAAUGCAGCUAACAAAAGAAAACAAGCUAUUCUAAAUGAUGAACAGAUUACUACGAUCGAGAAGCCAGUGAUUGAAAAACCUCAUAUACAGCCAAAGCCGGUCCUAGGAUGUAUAGGGCUAGAAGCAAAAAAUAAAAUGGCCACUUUUUCAGGAAAACAGAAAAGAAAUAUGAGGUAAAGAAGUAUUGAACAUGGGUUGAUAUUCCUGAAAUUAGGAAUUGAACUUUUACAAUUAGCCUAAAGAAAUACUUGACAAAAUUGUGGCCGAAUUUUUUUGAUUAAUAAAUCGGCUAGAAGUCCAUGCUUCAUUAGCUUGGUCCAAAGGGCCGACUCUGUAUACAACUAUCACAUUUCAAGCAUGGACCGACAAUAUGAAUCAAUUUGUAACUGUUAAAAGUCAAAUUCUGAUUCACAUCCAUAAACUUUCAUUCUCUAACACAAUUUUACAAAAUAUAGGAUCCCCAACUUACAAGUACGCAGUUUAGAAAAUUGUUACAACUGUCUUUCUCUAUAGUCUAUCCUAUUAAAAAUAUUAAAAACACGUUCAUCUAACAAUAAUGUAGGAUUUAAAGCUGAAGAUCAAAGGUAUCUCAGUACCGAUCCUGACUUAUAAGAGACCAGAAGCUAUUUCAAAAAAAAAAAAAGCUGAAAAUGAUUAAUCCUUGCUCUGAACUCAGGAUGCUUAAGUUCCAACUUUUCUAUUAUACCACUAGACUAGAGGACUAUUUUAGAAAAAAGGCCAAAAUUAAUAUUUUUUUGAAGGUUGGACUGGACUUCCAUGCUUCUAUAGCUUUCUAUCAGGACCGGACAUGGGAAUCUAGAACUAACAAGGAGUCAAGACCCUCGAAUAUAAACACUGAAUCUUGUAAGAGAACUCAUAGAAAAUGGGAUAUCUCAAGAUAAUCCUGAGGGCAAUAAUCUGACCAAAAUACUAUUGAUUAACAAGAUAAACAUGUUAUAAAGACGAAUAUGUCUAAGAAGAAGGCAAAAAGCAAACAAUCGUGGUACAAAAUCACGAAAAAGCUAAUUGAUUCACUAUCUUUUAUCAUACUAAUUUGUAAUUACUUACUUGAUAAAAUUAGGCCUACAUAAGUUUCAAUGGGCCCGUGCAUAUAUAUAGGAUUAACCCCUUUUUCGGGGAAAAAAAUAUAAAAGAAAAAAGCCAAUGAAUUGAUCACACUCACAUGUAUUCACUUGAAAGCUUUGGUGUGGAAACUAAAAGUUUAAAACUGAAAGGGAAAGAACCAAUUUUGAUCUUAUGUCACGGAGACGAGUUAUCCUACAAUAAUCUUGAGAACCUCCAGCUCUCGUAGAUCAGUAGAUGACUAUCACAGUCAUUGUCAACUUCGUUUCAGAAAAUAUAUACGAUAUAUAAUUUAGUGCUUGCUUUUACAUCAAUGGGAGGAAAAUUAAUAACUAUAUGCAUUCAGGAAAUGGUUCUUUCUUUUUCGUAUGCAUGAUCAAAACUACUAUAAAAUUGGAUCUUUACUACUAGCGGAAGGAGAUAUACCAGGUUUUGCACAGCUAUACAUAUAUGAUACGGCUCAUGAACUUCAGAACCGUUUCAACUAACUAGCAAAAGAAAAAAACGACCUAGAUGAAAGUAUUAUGAGAGGAUUAACUAAGAUGCAUGACAAGUGCAAUGAGUUAGCUAAAGUGUUCAGAAUAGCUAGAGAUCGAUAAGAGUCAAAAGCAAGUGAAGAAUAUUCAGUUAAGAUACUCGGAAAUAAAGAACGUGAAAGACAAUUUGAAUUUCCACAAGGAUACGAAAUUGCUGGAUUUAUUGUGGGUGACAUGUCUGUUACGUAUUCUGAUAGAGAUGUAAUAAUGCAUCCUAGAAUGGAUACAUCUCAUUGGAUACGUUUUGUUAAAUCCAUCGUACAUGUCAUUUUAAUAUCCUUUGAGUGUUAUUUUUAAUAAUCAAUAGGCUGAAUUGGUAUUUUUAAUUCUUAGAAGAUGAAUUAAUAUUAUAAAAUUAAAUCAUCAAAUCGUACGACAGAUUUUCAAAUUAUUUUCUCUAAUGCUGUCUUUUGUUAGUGCAAAGAUGACAUCGCAGUAAAGUAAUACAGAAGAUAAAUCAAAAAAAUAAUCGGAUACAAACAACCAACUAUAUUUUAUUAAAAAUCGCCUAAAUAAUCUAUUACAAUAUUUGCUUAUCAGCUUUACACAGUCUGUCAACACCCUAACAGCUGCUACUGAAAGAUUUUUAAUCUACCCAUAAAUCAUGUCUUUCUUCUAUCAAAUACUUCGACAACUGUUUCAGCACGACCAAGACACUCUCAAGAACUUUUCCCUCUCUCUAUAAGAUCAGCUUAUGUGUCCAUGUCUCUCUUCAGACGACCCAUAGCUAUUUUAUAGUUAUUCUCCACGUUUCCGAAAUUCUAGUCUCUAAGACAACAUGAAUAUGGACAUCUUCCAUAACAUUAAGUGUAAUUUUUCUUUUCUUAGAAUGCACUUAUUCCUCUUCCAUUAAAUCAUAAAUUUGCUCCUCAAGUUUAUUCUUCUUUCCUUAUCUCCAAGAUAUUUUCUUGAUCUUCAAAUCUAUACAAUUCUAGCUCAGCACCUUGACUCCACAUAAUUUUUACCACUCAACACGGCGUUUGUUUCAGCAACUACGUCAGCAAUUACUUCACGACAGAUAUCUUACGUCUUUUUCUUUUUCUUUUCCUGCUAUUUUAAUAACUUGUUUUCUUUAAAACUAAUACUCGAAAACAAACCUAAUCUAAUUCAAAAACGUCAACUACUUUGUCACUAGCUAAUAUAUUAUUUUGGUUCGAAAAGUAUAGACACAAUAAUUAAUUAAUCUGAAUAAGAUUCCUGGCAUCGAUUGGUAAUUAGUAAAGACUUAAGGAAUAAAAUAAAAUUAAAUAAACGCUAUUGAUAGAAAUAAAGUAUGCUUGCUUUUUCAUAGGGACUAUGCUUAGCUAUUUUUUAUUAAAAUUUUACUAUUCAAUCUUGAGGUAUUCUACCAAACAAAAGAACAACCAAUAUAAUAUAGAUUCUUAUGAUAUGUUUUUACUAUUUUAGCUACUAAAUCCGCUUCGAGAAUGAUAAACAAAAGAGAAGUCUAUAAAUCUACUCUUCAGUCUUGACAACUCUUUAAUUCUGUUGAAAAACUUGGUCAGGCUUCUGCAUCUUAUAUCAUUAAGAUCAGAUUUUUUCAAUCAAUACAAAAAUGUUGACACGUCAAUAUUUGUAGCAUGCAUUUCAUAACCCAAAAAAAAGCCUCAGAGUUCUGCAUGCAUCAAUGGCAUUUUUCUCCACUAAUUUUUAGCUCUCCAAAAAUUGAUUCUUUCUGUAGAGUUUGUUCAAACCCAACUAUAACCAUUAAAAAUGAAUCUUGGGUCCAUGAUCCAUCAAUCAUACAAAUAUUGUUUGUAAGCUUACGGUUUGUAUAGAUGAUUGGUUAUGUCAUUCGUCUGGUUCCUUCACUCGUUUGAUAUUAAACUCAAACUAUGUUUGGCAUUCUGGUUUCACAUUCCUAAAAGUUUCUAAAUGGUCCCUAUUAAUUCCUUCGAAAAGUUUACCAGAAAAGGCCCUUGCUUGCAACUAGUUGCAAGGAAGAAGCCAUCUGUGCAGUUAGUUGCUAGGAGAAAGGGUUGGAUGUUAAGAUGGCCAUUUUCACUCGAAAUCGUUUUAUAUAACUUUAUUUGGUUUUACAAAGGUCAUUUCAUAAAAUUUUGUUUAGUUUGGUCUUACGAUGAUCGUUUUGUAAAAUUUUGUUUUACGAAGAUUGAUUCAUAAGACUUUGUUUGUAAGAAAAGUGUUUCGCUAAGUCUUUUGUUUGUUUAGUUAUACAAAAAUUGUCUAGCAUAACUAUUUUUUGCAAGAAAACUGUUUUGGUAUUUUUUGUGAAAGUUAUAUGAAUGUUGACUUCAUAUAAGUUUUAUAAAUAAUGAACCAUUGUUUAAGUUCGACACAACAUAUGUAGAUUUUUUUAUCUCAACAUUUCCAGCUUAAUUUUUUAUGACUCAUUUCACUGUGUUUUAGCAGUUCUAACUGUUGAUCUUGACGGUUUUACGGAUCUGUUAUUUUCAUAACUAGAGCCUGAUUGUUCCAGGAUCAGUUAUGCUAACUGUAGCUUUUGUUAAUUAUCUCCAAAAAUAGAUUAUGCUAAUAAAUAGUGUUAGAUUAACAAAAGUAUAUUACGCUAAUACUUUAUGAUAUAUAAGUUUUCAUACUGUUUUGCAAAAAAAAUUGUUUAUGAGUCGUAUUGAUAAGAUUAUCAAAAAAAUUGUGAUUUGAGUGAUUGUAUUAUUCAGUUAUGUGUGUUUGUGUGUUCUUAUUACACAGAUUUUAAAUAUUUAUAUUAUUUUUCAAAUACCUAAAUUUUAUAGUUUGUUUGUUUUAUUCAAUUAAUUAUUUCACAUGUAUUUGUUUCUCCUUAUUAUAUAUAUUGGUUACAUGUUUAAUUAUUUGGCAAACUAAAAUAUGCAAAGUUCAAAAAAAUUGAAAAUUAUUUUAUAUUUCCUUAUCUAUUAUUAAAACUAAUAAAUGGAUCUAAUUUCAAUUUAAGUUAUAAGUAGUAGUAAGAAAAUAAUAAUUAUUUAGUAAUUUUUUGAAUUUUAUGACAAUUUUAAAAUAUUCAUAUACCAUAAUCUUUAGGUACAACAUAAUCUUUAGGCACAACCGUGCAGUAUUUAUUUUCAUGUUUAUAUAUACAUAUAUUUGUUUUACAUAAUUAGUAUGUAUUUUUAAUGUUAACAUGUAUUUAAAUGUUUCUAUAACUAUUUCAAAUACAAUAAUUUUAUAUUUUUCAUACUGUAAAUUAAUUCAUUAUUUCAAUUAAUCACAUAUAUAUGUUGCUUCUUAAUAUAUAUUUAAUUUGUCCUAUUGAAUUUUCUUUUGAUUAUUAAACCAAUUUUUUAUGCAUGAAACAAUAAUUUGAAAAUAUUCAUAUACGCUAAUAUUUUAUGAUAUAUAAGUUUUCAUACUGUUUUGCAAAAAAAAUCUUUAUGAGUCGUACUGAUAAGAUUAUCAAAAAGUUGUGAUUUGAGUGAUUGUAUUAUUCAGUUAUGUGUGUUUGUGUGUUUUAAUUACACAGAUUUUAAAAAUCUUAUGGUUAUACUGAUACUCUAAAAUUUGAAUCUUAUGAGCAAAAAAAAAGAAUUUACAUUCUAAUAAAAAUAGAUUUUAAAGAAUUGCUAAAUUAAUGAUAAGUAAAUUUUUCCAAUAACAAAAGAUUUGAAUGGAAUUUAAAAGUUUUCACCCCAGUAAUAAAAUUUUUACUAAAGUUUUAAAAUCUCAUACACCAAUAACAAUGAAUCCCCAAAUUUUAUAAUUCCAUUAGAAUUACAACUUCCAAUAGUUCUCUAUGUCGUUUAUCUUAUGGCAGGAGAAGGGCAAUGAAAACGACAUUGUCUUUUGUCUUUUGUGGAUGGUAUAAAAUCAGAAAUUUAAUUAUAUUUUUAAUUUUAAGCUCUCCAAGAUAUUUGUUGAUAAUGUUCUAAAAUAAAAAUUGGUUGAUUAGAGCAAGUUGUAAUAUAUAUGUGUUGGAUUAUAAGAAAUAGCGACAACUACUAGAUAUAUUUAUAAAUUGUUCAGAGAUUAAAGAAUUAAUUUUCGCCCAUAACAUUUCUUUUCUUUUUUUUUUUAGUUUAAAAGAUAAAAGAAGAUGCUGUUAAUAACUUAACUAGAUUUUGAUCCGCGCUUGGAAAGCGCGAACUUGUUUUUGUAAUUAAAUAUAUUUUAAACGAAAUUCUAUAUAAGAUAGUUUAUAAGUUUGAACACAUUUAUCCAAAAUUACGGACCAAACCGUACUAAAUUGAAAAACCAAAAUUAAACUGAACUGCAUAAAUAAUAAAGCAAAUCAUAUAUCUAUGAUUGAAAAAUUGAAACCGAACCGAGAAGCAAAUGAGUACCUAAAUUUUUAAAUAAAAAAAUAUAUAUUUAAAAGUAUUAAUUACAUUCAAUCUUUAAAUAACCAAAUAUCCUAAAAAUACUAUUUAUAAACUGGAUAACCCGAAAACUUGAAUUACCCGAAUGUUUUUAUUUGGUUGAUAAAUAAUUUAGUUAACCAAUAGUAUAAUUUAUGUAUAUAAUUAUUUAUUUAAAAUAUAUUUACAUGUAUAUAACUAUGUUUAAUAUAACACAUAGUAUCAAAACUAUUUUCAAAAUAAUUUUCAAAAUAAUUUUAUGUUUUAAAAUAAGUAGAUUUUGUUCUAUAACACAAUUCUACUGCUAACCUAUUUUAAAGUAUCUAUAUAGUGUUAAUAAAUAGCAAAGUGUUUUCAAAGUUUUUAGAAGUUAUCACUAACCGAUUUAUAAUUGGUUAGACUAAAUAUCUAACAUAACCGAAGAUAAAUAGCCAUUUUCUGAAAAUAUAGCAGAUGGAAAGAUUGAACAUGUUUUAUGUAGACCAUGAUCAUAUCUAUGGAUUCAUAUAGAAACUUGUUUGGUAUUAAAUUAUACAACCAACUUGGAAUAUUAAGUUGUGACGAACAUCGUUUAGUUUGUGAAUGAUAAAGUUGAAGUGUUCAUAUAUAUAUAACAUGGUUAAUGAAAUCAGUUUAGUUAAUAAGGUUGGUAUAAAUUAAUGGUUGAUCUCUAUAAAAGAUGAAAUUUCCUUUACAGUGGAUAUUGUAUUCUGUUUAGUUUUCGAAGGUAUUAACUAUUAAAUAAAUCACAAGUAACCAUAUAUAUAAAUAUAGGAUGGACAUUAUUUAAUAAUAGCACAAAAUAAUUAUGAUGGAAUAAUGAGUAUAUAGAAAACAUAUAUGUAGAGAAUUAGGUUAAUACCAUUUUUUAUGAUUAAUUUGCCUUUAAUGAAGAAUAAUUAAGUUAGUAAUAUGAGAAAUAAUAGGAAUUCUAGUUGAAUGAAAUGGUCCAAUUAUGACUUGUUUUAAGUAGAUUUUUUAGGAUUCCUUCCCUUUUAAUAGUAUUGAUUUUAUAUGAUGAUAAGAAGUUAUGGUCAGAAUCAAAAUGAAAAUUGUGGUGUGAGUAAAGAAAUGAGUGCGUCCCAAUCAUUGCACCACGAGUCAAAUACAACAGAUCCAACAUAUAUGUGUUGCUUUUCCAUCAAUUCUAGCAUUUUAAAGGAAUUUUUGAUACUAUGUUGAAUGCACAAAUUGUUUGACAAUAAGUAUACCGUACACACUAAUUCAACCUAGAGAUCGAGGAAAUUCAAUAAAACAAAUAUUCAUGCCACUUGCGAUAAGCAUGAAACCAUAGCAAGGAUAAUGUGAUUAUCACGUUUCACAAUUUUACUGUUUACAUAUGUUAUAGUCUUAUGAAAUAUUUGUUGCUUUAACUUGAUUUACUAGAUUCUGACCCGCCCUUCAGAAUUUUUUAUUUUACUUUUUUGACAAAUUUAAUUUUUAUAUUUGUGUUUUAAUUAUAUUUUUGUAAUAUUAAUUUAAUUUAAUAUAUUUUUGUGUAAUAUAUUUUUAUAUUAAAUAUGUCAAGUUGCAUAACUAUACACUCGUGCCAUAUACAUUUCAUAAAUUAUUUUUAAACUUUAUUCUUAAAAAUUACAACAUAUUAUAUUUUCUUAUUAGUUAUCUAACAUAAUUAGUCAAGAAUAUUUGUAUCCAAAAAAAUCUGACUCAAAAUCGACUCGAAAAUCAAAAUCUUAUAUUCUAUUAAACAUAGCCUAUAUACUGGAACGGUUCUUAAAGUGUUAUAUCUGAAAACCAAUAUCAAAUCCAACAUGCACCAAAGAACGAACAUUUUUUUUUGAAAAUUGUGUAAAUUUUUUUUAAAAAAUAUAUUCUAUUAAAUAUAUACAGAUAUAUGUAAAUGUGUCAAUAUGGUCUUAACUAACUUUAAGUAAAAUCACAUUUAAUAAAUACCUUUUAAUCGAAUAACCUAUUUAAAACCCGUUAACCUAAAUGAGUUUAUAUGAAUAUUUAUUUCUAAUAAAAGUCCACUUAAAACCCAUUAAACCCUAUUUUAAUAUCAUGUACUUUGUUAAUUGAUAAACUUAAUGUAUGUGUAAAAUAUUUAAAAUUUAAAUAAAUUAAUGUCUUGUUUAAUAAAUCACAAUUUUUUGGGCUGAGAUGUAAGUUAUGUUGUUGUACUGUGAUAAUGCUUUUUGGAAAAAUUGGUGUUCAGUUGUAUUGUUGCUAUAAAUAUAUGUUAAACAUGAUUACAGACCUUAAGUUGAAAUGCUUUUAUAUUUUUUAUAAAGCUUUUUUAUUAAAUGUUUUAUAUCGAUGUAAACAGAUUUAAAUCAUACAUGGAUGGAACUGAAUAGAGUAAAAUAUAAAAAUCCGUUUCAAAUAUUUUAAUAUAAAUUAUAUUUAAAACUAAUAUAAAUUGUAUAUACCAUUAUUAUUAGGCUUGUGUAAAACUGUCAAAAAGUAAGAAGCAGUUUUAAUAUUUUUAUUUUCGGAAUAAACCAAUAUUUUUCAAUAGAAACAAAUCAAAUUUAUUUGAUAUAAUUUGUAAUUUUGUAUUUUUCUUGUGUUUUAAUCUAUUCUUAUUUUUUUACAUGGGUAAAAGAAGAUAUACAGCUAAUCACGAUUUGUAAUCAUGAUUUAUAUUGUGAUUUAUAAAACAAAUCUGAUCAAUAUAUAUAUAUAUAUAUAUAUAGAUAUAUAUGAUAACCGGUUAGAAAUAUAAACUGAAAAGGAAAGCUAUGCGGCCUAGUGGAAAUAAAGCAUACACCCGUUGCAUUAUCCCGUGUUCGAAUCGCUCCCUUUGUGUUUUUCAUUUUUUUUCACUAAUGGCAUAAACGCAAUUUUCCUUAUCUUCUUCCCUAGUCGAAUUAGGUUUCGCAGAACAGAGUUUUAGAGCAGCCAUUGUUUUUCUUUUAAUAUCCAUCGAUUGUUAUGCGUUUUUGUUGAUUUUUAUGCUUAAAUCUUGCAGAUUUGACAUAUAAUACUGAAUUUUUACUUCUAGAAACCAAAAAAGAAAAAAAUUGAUGAUUCGUUUAAGACAAACAUCCAUGGUUAACAAUAACAAAUAGGUUACGUAUACUAAAACGAUGCCAAAAAAAGUGUAUACUGAACCUAAUUCGAACAAAGAGCAAUCCGAUUUAGUGGCCGAUCUACUCUUCCUUUUGGUUUUUAGUGGAACUUGUUCUCUGUGUAUAUUCUCCAAGUUCUCAUUUUUUUUUCAAUAACCGUUUUGUUUGCCCCGGCCUUCCAUAUCGGAUGAUCAUGAGAAAUCAUGUGUAGGAUCAAAAACUAAUAAUCCAACUGGUUUAUACAGGAAGAAAAAUAACAGUUUUGUUAUAGAAAAAUAGAACGUGGUUAUCGUUGAUAUAAUAGAUGCAGUUAUAUAGGAAAAUCAGUUUUCUUAAAAAUAAAAAGUUGGACCCUACUUUUAUCAAUGGGUCACACUGCUGUUUUAAUAGAAUAGAUUAUGAUUAUCACGCACACAUUAUAUGUAUAUCAAGGUAAUAAAUCAUACUAGAAUGACUUAUUUCAUAUUAUUUUAUAGAGAGGUCAGAUAAAAAAUUCAGUACCGUACAAAUAAGACCAAAACACGGAAAAAAUAUCAUAGAAUAUUGCAGACCUAAUAAACAAAAUUUUUGAGCUUUCAAGAAAUUAACGCACUGUCUAUUGUCUAUUGCAAGAGAUGCAAUCCACAUGUCGAGCAAACGGAUAUGAGAGGUUCAUUAGCUAUACAUAUUCAGAGUAUUAUAAAUGGUAUAAGAGCCAAAUCCAAUAUAGACUUCCGCUAAUAUGAGUGACAUUCCUAGAAUGCAAUGAGAACGUUAUUUAUCUUUGUGAGGAGUGAUUGUCAUAUUUUUGUUUGUGGUAUAUGUUAAAAAGUUUAAGAGAAUUGAAUUAUAUAACUAUUUUUUAAAGUGUAUUUAUCUUUUCGGAUAUGUAUCCAAAGAGAAAUCUAGAAGGAAGUGUGCCUCAGUUUGAAUAUUCAAAAGAUGGAUGAUCUAUCGAAAAAUUUUAUGAUAUCGUGCGAGUGAGAUAAAAUCACGAAAAAGUUCAUGUGAUAAUUGUAAAAUCAUAAAUAAACAAAUUUUUGAAUUUCCAAAAAAAUUAACGCUUUGUCGUCUGACGUACGGAUCAAACAUGAAAAAUACACUAGCCGUAGGUAGUCGGACCAUUAUAGUAUUAUUUUGUUCCUUUGGAACAAUGAAUGUUCUCUGGUAAAUCAUAUAUUACCAUAUUUUCUAAUUAAAGAUUAUCUAAAUAUUAAAUAUUAGAUUUACAUUUUAUAGUUCGAUGUAUUUAAACUUAAAUUUUUGAUAAAUUACAAAACCUCAAAUUUAAAAUGUAAAUGUAAAUUUUAAAUAUGUGUAUGCGUGUCAUGAUCAUGUUUAAAGUAUAUAAACGGCAUGUGUUACACUGCUAUAGUGAUUUUAUAUUAUUACUAAUUAUACAAAAGUUUUUUUUCGCGGCUAACAAAUGUAUAUUAACUACUGUCUAAACCCCAAUGGAUUACUUGCAAAAUAUAUAAUAAGAAGAAGCAGGCGAUCACGUCUCUCUCUCUCUCUCUCUCUCUCUCUCUCUCUCUCUCUCUCUCUCUCUCUCUCUCUCUCUCUCUCUCUCUCUCUCUCUCUCUCUCUCUCUCUCUCUAAUGUGUACUGCUCCUUCUGCUUCUGUAUAAAUUUGCCACCAUAUUGUUCAUUUUGUCACCUCAUAUCCUCUCUCUCAUGCUUUCCUCUAAUUCUCCAUUGAAGUUCUAAAACUCCUUCAAAGCUGAUGAAGGUUAAUAUUGCUUACUUCCAUCGAAUUUAUUUUAUUUUAUACCUUAUCAUGUUGAUUUUUUUUAGUUUUAAAAUUUAUUUAGUUCUCAUUCUUUUGUCUUUUACACAAUUUCGUCCAUACAUAGCUCAAAUACUUAUAAUAAAAAGCGAUACAAUGGCCACUAAAAAUUUACAACGUUCUUUGUUGAUAAAAAAAUUACGUACCAUAAUCUUGUAGAACUUACAAAUUAUAUAUUUUUCAUACAAAUAAGAACGUAGCAUAAUCUUUCUAACAAAUUUCUAACAACUAAAAAAAAAAUUUGUGAACAUUUUUCUCGUACAUACAAAUUUGGGUUAUACAAAACAGAUAAGCUCAUGAACUGAAAUCUUGAAUUUUUUACCUCGCUUGGUCAGGCUCAAGGAAUGCCUGAAAAACAAUUAGGAGUGCUUAAGGCACUUGAUGUUGCGAAGACGCAACUCUACCAUUUCACGGCGAUUCUAAUUGCUGGAAUGGGUUUCUUUACUGAUGCCUACGAUCUCUUCUGUGUCUCUCUGGUGACCAAACUCCUUGGCCGCAUCUACUACUUCAAUCCACUGUCAGACAAGCCUGGCUCACUUCCCCCUCACGUUGCGGGAGCGGUCAAUGGUGCGGCUCUUUGUGGAACCCUUGCUGGUCAGCUCUUCUUCGGAUGGCUCGGUGACAAGCUUGGAAGAAAAACAGUGUAUGGUAUCACUUUGAUCAUGAUGACUUUGUGCUCCAUCGGUUCGGGUCUCUCCUUCGGUAACAAAGCCACGGGUGUCAUGACCACCCUUUGUUUCUUCAGGUUUUGGCUGGGAUUCGGUAUUGGAGGUGACUACCCUCUUUCUGCGACUAUUAUGUCUGAAUACGCUAACAAGAAGACUCGCGGUGCUUUCAUCGCUGCCGUGUUUGCUAUGCAAGGUGUUGGUAUAUUGGCUGGAGGUUUUGUGGCACUUGUAGUAUCUUCUAUAUUCGACAUGAAGUUUCCAGCACCGACCUAUGAAGUUGAUAGGCUUCUCUCAACGCCUCCUCAGGCUGAUUACGUUUGGCGAAUCAUCGUCAUGUUUGGUGCUCUACCCGCAGUCUUGACUUACUACUGGCGCAUGAAAAUGCCAGAGACCGCUCGAUACACUGCUUUGGUUGCAAAACACAUCAAACAGGAAACACAAGACAUGUCCAAGGUCUUACAAAUACAACUUGAGGUGGAGGAAAGAGCGGCAGAUAUCAUGAAAGACCCCAGACUUAGCUAUGGCUUGUUCUCCAAGGAAUUCGCCAAACGCCAUGGUCUUCCACUCCUAGGAUGUACAACCACAUGGUUCUUGCUUGACAUUGCCUUUUACAGCCAAAACCUGUUCCAAAAGGAUAUCUUCUCGGGUAUUGGAUGGAUCCCAAAGGCAUCCACCAUGAACGCCAUCCAUGAGGUUUUCAGGAUUGCUAGGGCUCAGUCUCUCAUUGCGCUAUGCAGUACUGUCCCUGGUUACUGGUUUACGGUUGCGUUUAUUGAGAUCAUGGGAAGAGUUGCGAUCCAGCUGAUGGGAUUCUUCAUGAUGACUGUCUUUAUGUUUGCCAUUGCCUUCCCUUAUGAUCACUGGACCAAACCGGAGAAUCGUUUAGGGUUCGUGGUUAUGUACUCUCUCACUUUCUUCUUUGCCAAUUUUGGACCAAACGCAACCACUUUCAUUAUACCGGCCGAGAUAUUCCCAGCUAGGCUAAGAUCCACGUGCCAUGGGAUAUCAGCCGCAACAGGUAAGGCUGGAGCCAUCGUGGGAGCUUUUGGGUUCCUAUACGCAGCUCAGCCACAGGACAAGACCAAGACGGACGCAGGGUAUCCACCGGGCAUUGGAAUCAAGAACUCACUGAUCACGCUUGGUGUCAUCAACUUCGUCGGUAUGCUCUUCACCUUCCUUGUCCCUGAGCCCAAAGGAAAAUCCCUCGAAGAAUUAUCCGGUGAGAAUGAGAUUGGGACAUGAUCAAGAUGAAAUUAUUGUUUUUGUAUUUUCAAUUUUAUUAUGUGGAUUGUGGAGUCUGUUUUUGCUUCUUUUUUUUUCUUGGGUUCACUGAUCUUGACGUUAUGAUGUUUAUAAGAAGAAUAAUAUUUCUAAUCUUCCGAGCAUUAGCGAACUUGAUUGGAUUCUGUUGGGAGGAAGAUGAGAGUUGAUGUAUUUGUUUGAGAUAAAUAUUUGUGUUAAGUAUUAUAUUAUUGUGAUGUAAACUAAAUGUUAUAAUCCUAGGCUAGGCCGAGUGGUUGAAUUAUGUGUAGAUUCAAGUUUCGGUCUUCGGUUUCUCUUUGGAUUUAGAUUUUUUUUAUAUAAAUAAUAAACAAAACAAUUUAUAAGUUCAAAAAAGUAGACAAAUCUUAGUUGACAAAAAAAAAAGUAGACAAAUCUUAAACCAGUUACCAACGAUUAAACAAAAAUCAAUUGUGAUUUUGGAGAUAAUUGAAAAUAUUUUUAAAGUUCAUGUUUUAAUUUUAAAAAUUAAAACAUUAACUCAUACUAUACCAAACAUAUAUGACAUAAAAUAAAAUAAACAAAUUAAAAUAAAUUGAAUCCGAAAGCCUGAAAUGACCCGAACCCACUAAAAUAAAUCAUGCCGAAUUUUCCGACAUAAAUACCUAAUAUUUUUUAUUCUAAAGUAUUUUGGGUUAUGGUUUUAUAUAAACCAAACCCAAAUGAAUAUCCAAAAACCCCAAAAAAAUCAAAAUCUCAAAAGAAACGCAUACCAAACCCGAACUCAAUCUCAAGUUAGUACCCAAAAUAUUCUUAAAUACUAUUGAGUACUUAAAGUAAGUAUCUAUUAAAUGUAUAAUUAACUCAGAUAUUUAGAUUAAUAUAUAUAUAUAUAUAUUUAAGUAUUUAGUCAAAGAUU